AUGUGCGAUUUGUCGAUCCUCCUAUCCGCAAUUCAUAUCCAGCUUUAUAAUAAAAUUUUAAUCCAGAUUUUGUUCAACCAUGUCAACACCCCACCGUCAAGCCAACUGGUUGCUGACCAGCAGUCUGAAUGUUGCCAAUGUGUUGCCUGUUCAGUCAAAUCAUGCACACCUACCGCCUCGUAUGCCAACCCUGGUCAGGUCAGAUUGAGGCCAGCUUGGCAGAGGCCCAGGAGGUCUGAGGCAUGUGAUGUUGUUUGGAUCCGUGCCACUAGACUGCAGAGGUGUCAACACGUGGAAUCAGAAAAGCUUCCAAAUCCUUCUUCUGCUCAUCAGCUCACGCGAGGUCGCUGUACACCAGUCAGUCCGCCGUGUCAGGGCCGCCAUCCCCAAUUGGCAACACCUCUACCGCCGCUCAGCUUUUGGAACGUAGGGUCCAAGGGCACAAAGCUGCCACCUACACCCAACAGAAUUCAACCAGGUCUCGACGGGUCGCUCCCAACAGGCCCAGGGGCUGUGUGGGCUCCAAUUGGACGCAUGUUUUUGUCUCGUGAGGGCCCUCUGUAUAAGUAUGCCCACAACACUUUGCAUCCUCCAUGGCGCUCAGCAGCGGAUUACAACAGCAUUUUUGACUGGAGAACCGUCAGGGUGAUCUCAGAUUACAAUGCUGCAGGAUCAUUCAAUGGCGCAUGUAACACGGCUCAAUCAAUGAACGGGUCAGAUCACCGGUCUGACCCUCUGCCAUGGUGCCGAGAUGGACUCAAUCCGGCAAACAAGGCAGCGGCCUUGGCAAGGUACAACGUGAAGGCACUUCGCCAGGUUUGUCCAGAUUUGACGUCAGGAGAAGACAAGUGCUUGUGUCACCUGUUGGCAGAUUCAGAUGAUGAUCCUGUCACACCCGGUCCAUCUGGCCAGCUGGACUCUUCACCCACACCGACUCAACCCGCCGUGACUAUGUCAACCCACAAUCCUCUCAUUCGGAAGGACUCUCCCGUCAAACUACGCAGAGACUUAUCCAACAGCUCCUUCACCAAAACCCAAUUGAAUGAAGACGCAAAUUCAUUCACCAGUUGCGAGGAAGACAUUGACGGACUGGAUUCGGGCAAGGGUCUCUUGGCCCAGUCCGGGCGUCCCCAAACCAAGGGUCUCCCCUCAGCCUCCAAAUACUCUGCAGCUCCCUGUUCCCCUCGUGCUUCUAAUUUGAUUCGAGGUUCCAAUUCCUCGGAUCAACUGCCUUCUUGA